GUUGCUGAAUCCAUUAUGAAUCCAUAUGGAGCUGACGAUGAUGAUUUUGAAUUGAAUUACCUGAUAGACAGAAACUAUCAGGUAGCAUUGUUGAUUGUUGAUAACCUUCAUGGCCGAAUUCCCACUCUGGAGAAGGAUAAGCACUGGGAUGAACCAAAAUUUGAGUUGCCAUACACCGUAGCAACACUCAGAGGCAGACUAGCACGGACCUGGUUGGGAUCAACCGUUGAUGUUCUGUUGAAAGCUAAGGACUUCGUUAUUGCCGUUCCCAAUUCUAUAAUAAGCAUUGGUCACUAUGGUAACAAUUCAUCAAAAGAUAGAGGUGACAUUGAGUCCAAAGGUAAGAAAGAUACUGGUACUGAACUGAAAAAAGAGACCAAAGAUGGAGAGGAAGACCCGGUAUGCAGUGUCACUGUGGAGGUGGAGACAGAUUCUGAUAAAGAUGCUGCUCCUGGGACAUCCAAAAAGGAGGAUGUACAAACUGAAGAUGAGAAGGUAACAGAGGUCGAUAACAAGGACAAAGCUAGAGAAAAGCGAAAGGAGGUUAUGUUUCGCAAGAAGACUGAAGUAGUUGUGACUCCAAGUGGAGCAAAGGUGGAAAUUGUUGGAUCAACAUCACCUAAUGUUGUCGUUUAAACAUCAUUUUUACUCACAAGAUCGACUGGAAUAUGAAAGUGACUUGGGAAUAACUUGAACAUGACGUUGAAUGUUUUCUUGAAUGGACGAACAACUUGAUGAAAUGGG